CAGAUGGAUUCAGGGAUUUGGCAGUUGGAGCACCUUUGGAGAAUAAUGGUGAAGGCAGCAUCUACAUAUUUAAUGGCGAAGGAGGAGGAAGAAUCAGUCCUACCUACUCACAGAGAAUUACUGGCUCUGAGGUCCAGUCAGGACUGAAGUUCUUUGGCCUGACAAUCAGUCAGUCAUCUUUUGACCACAGUGGUGACGGACUGCCUGACUUAGCGGUGGGCUCAAAGGGCAAAGUUAUUUUAUUGAGAUCAAGACCCAUAGUAAUGGUGAAAGCUGAGGUGUCAUUCAACCCAAACCAAAUCCCUACUCAGAAUGAAGGCUGUUCAAAACCAUUGGAGAACACAGCUACAGUCUGCUUCACCAUGAGCAGAGUGUCUGCAGUCCACACAGCUCAAGCAGUGAUUAAUUAUACUAUAACACUGGAUGCCACACGUAAACCUCCAAACAACCGAGCUUAUGUCAGUGGGAAACAACAAGAACGAUCUGGAUCAGUAAUUGUGGUCUUAAGAAGACAACAGUGUUCAACUCUAAGGUUACUUAUUGAGGCCUGUCCAGAAGAUGCUCUUAGUGCUCUUUCCAAUGAACUCAAAUUCACGUUUAAUGGUUUGUCCAUCAACAGAAAUCCCAGACCAAGUCUUUCCUCACAGGCUCAAACAACAACCAUUUAUCCUUUAGGGUUUGAGAUCAACUGUGGCACUGACAACAAAUGUGUUGAUAACUUGAAAGUGGAUUUUAACUUCACCAGAUCCUCAGAGGUUAAAGUGGGCAUUGAUGAGCUUUUAGAUGUCACAGUCACAGUGGAGAACAGAGGAGAAAACUCCUACAACAGUCGUGUUAUUCUCACGUACCCAGCUGGACUCUCCUACAGGAAGUUCACCAUUCAGCAGGGAAGAAUUGGGUGCAACUCUUUGGACAGUGAAGAUGGUUUAUCACGAGGAAGGACAGACUGCACUAUCCACAAACCAAUUUUCAAGAGCAAAACUAAGGCUUCCUUCAUUGUCUCCUAUGGGAUUGACACCAACAGUCAACUUGAGAGGAAGCUCUUUGUCACUGCAAAUGCCACCAGUGGAAAUCAGGAGCAUGCCACUACAAAUGAACUCUAUAAAAAUAAAUCGAUUGAUGUGAGAUAUAGCAUUUUUAUGACAUUUGAAAGCUCUCUCAGCUACAACAAUUUCACAUUUGGGAGGAGUGAUUUGCAGAAACCAGUCCAGCAAUCAAUUAAGAUUACAAAUGCUAUCAGAGCCCUUAAUUUCACUGUGGUGAUCAGGAUUCCAGUGAAGCUUGGUAAAAAAGACAUUUGGGUGAAUUUGAUCAGUCUACAGAUUGCAGACUGUCAGAGAGGAAUUGACGAAGAACCACCUGUCAAAACUUUUGUUUCUCAGAUCAGAAAAAAUAAGGUGGUUGACUGCUCUGUAGCCAAGUGCAGAGUGUUCAAGUGCAACACUUUCAUGGGAAUACGGGAGAGUAGGAUGUAUGAAAUCUCUGCCAACCUCAGUUCAGGAUGGAUAGAGCAGAUUGGGCUUCAGUCUGCCAAAUUCCUCUUGACCAGCACUGCCAGUCUGGAGUAUGACAAAAACCAGUACAUCUACUUUUCAGCAGGGUCUGACAACAAUCCUCCUGUUCACAAGAUUGAGGCAGAGUAGAAGUGUAUCCUAAGCCUGAAUUUCACCAAAGCGAUCAUUGGAGGAUCCCUGGGAGGGUUGGCUUUUCUGAGCUUUACUCUCGCUGGCCUGUAUAAGGCUGGAUUUUUCAAGAGUAAAUACAAACAGAUGAUAAUUGAAAUGACAGAAGAUGAUCCAGGGACGGCUGCAGGUGCACCCUCAGCAGAGUAACAAAGAUGACAGUUGUAGCUGUACAUCUAAUCUGAAUGACAGAUGUAGACCAUCCUGAUAAUUUCAGGGGUGAACAUGGUGUGUAGAAAUGUCCAUGCUACCACAUUUGAUUAAUUAAAUAGACAACAGCUUGCUGUGUCUCAAGUCACUCCCUUGCCUAGUCAUUUGCUAUGAUCUGUAACAAAGGUUCCUACCUGGUCGUCAGGAUCCUCAAGACUCGGGACCAUAAAACUGGAGCACCUAUUGUAAAUAAGAAACCACCACUAGAUAUUUGUCUUAAGAGGAUAUAUUUAUGUAGAUUUUCAAGCCUGUAAGUCCAGCAAGAAAUAUUGGGCCUUUAAAAUCAAAUCUAACCUUUAUUUUAAUGGUCUGUGUAUUUUAUUUAUAUCUUUGUUAUUAGUUAAUUAAUGAGCUGACAAUGAAAUGUCUUUCCACAUCUAAAUGAAUCCAGUGUACUGGAUAAGAUGUCAUCUCAGACAUAAAGCAGUAUUCAUUUUAUAUCAUGCAAAACAAAGAGGAGCAGAUUCUUUAGCAGCCUGGACUUCAAGAUGUGGAAAAAGACAAUCUCCUUUUUCCAGCUUUACCCUACUUAAAGCACUACCUGUCCUCGCCGGUGUCUACUUUCACAGUAUUAGUUAACUCUUUGAAAUCUUCUAUGUAUCUCCAUGAUUUUGACUGUAAACAUAAUGUAACUUUAUGUAAUUUCUAAAGACUGGUAAGUAAAACAGAACUAUGACACUCUGGCAUGUAUUUUUAGCACUAUUUCAAUAUUUAGUGAGAGGGCAAAAGCAGAUAAAACUUUAGAGGUAAAAAUGAAAGACAGGUUUUUCCAGUCAGUGUGAUGUAAGAGUGUUCCCUGCUUUGAUUUGUAGGGAAACUUAUUAAUUAAUCAGAAAUGUAAAGAAAUACAAAUGUUUAAAAGUAACAUGACCGUGUGACCUUUGAAUACGAGAGUGACUAUUUAAAACAAUGACUUUUUAAUCUGACCUC